UGUUACUUUGAACGCGCGUUGUCCUGUACUUGCUCAUCCUUUCUCACUAGAUUAUGAGAAUCGGUACAUGACAAUGUUAAUGGAUGCCGUUCGCGUCUUCACAAGAUCUCUGCUGGUCCUGGUGCUGUGGUCGUACUGUGAAGGAAAAGAGUCGGAACUCAACUAUGUCACCUGCGGCUCGCUUGUGAAGCUCCUGAACACCAGACACAACGUCCGGCUCCACUCCCACGAUGUGAAGUACGGCUCAGGUAGUGGACAGCAGUCGGUAACAGGUGUGGAGAAUGCAGAUGAUGCCAACAGUUAUUGGCGAAUUCGGGGUAAGAUCAGCGGGCCAUGUCAACGUGGGGUAGCCAUCAAAUGUGGACAAGCUAUCCGUAUCACACACAUGAAGACCGGCCGUAAUCUUCAUACACACCGCUUCACUUCUCCUCUCUCUAAUAAUCAGGAGGUCAGUGCCUUCGGAGAGAACGGUGAAGGCGACGACCUGGACGUGUGGAUGGUGCAGUGUGACGGAGUCCACUGGGAGCGAGAUGAGGCGGUGCGCUUCAAACAUGUCGGCACUGACGUUUUUCUGAGUGUGACGGGUGAGCAAUACGGCCACCCAAUCCGCGGCCAGCGAGAGGUGCACGGUAUGACCUCAGCCAACCAGCACAACUGGUGGAGGGUCAUGGAAGGGGUCUUCAUCCAGCCAAGCCAGGAGCCCCUACGCCACGACGAGCUCUGACGCUAUCAUGGUGUGAUGGCCCAUUACAGGCAGUCAGGUUUCUUAUUCCUGUGUUUUUGAAGCUCACCAUGAUCUUUUUUUCUUUUUGUUUGUUUUUGAACCCAGUGUAACUAAAUGUGUGAGUGAUUUUAACUGGUGCAUGCUAGCUGGGACCCUUUAUGACAUGGUGAAAGUGUACAUGUGUUGGGGAAGAUGAGUUCUUUUUUUUCUUUAAAUACUUUUACUUUUUUCCCCCUUAUACAGUUUUCAUCACCGUAGAUGUGGUUCAACGGUUUUGUAAAUAUCAUGAGCUGUAAUUUGUCCCUUUCUCAUGAUAUCGUUUGGAAAAGAAGUGUCCACAGUGGCAGCCAAGACUUGUUCUGUCCCUAUGUCCUUAUUUCUCCAGGUGAAUGUUUGCUGCUUGUUAGGGAACGCUAUGUUGUUUUAAAAGUAGCCGCAGACUAAAUCUCAAAUUGUUUUUACAAGUCACGAGUUAAGUUGAACUCCUUGUGAAGACGGAAGGUGCGACGCCGUAGUUACUACGUGGCAUUGAAAGUGGUCAUGUGAUUGGGAAGAGACUGGUUAUUGAACAACAUCUGGACAUACUGGUAAAAAACACUUCAGAGUGUUUAAAAGAACAAUAAUUUCAUAUUCUAUAUACAUUAAAUACAUACAAUAUAUACAAACAACAGAAAACAACUUGAUUCAUUUGGGUGAAAUUCAUCAGUACAUAAGUUAAAAAAACAUGAAGGAAUUAUUUACAGCUAUAUACAAACAACAUCUGUAUACAGUACAUAACUUAGUUAACGUGGGCGAAAUUCGUGUGUGUGUGGCUGUCAGUCGGCCCUGUGUGAUGGCCUGGUGGCCUGUCCAGAGUGUCUCCCCGCCUGCCGCCCAUGACUGCAGGGAUAGGCUCCAGCAUCCCUGUGACCCUGAGCGCAGGACAAGCGGUUGGGAUGAUGAAUGAAUGGAUGGACAUGGUAAAGAAUUCUGACUGUGGUUUGAUUGAUGGCUGGUGGUGUAAUGUAACGAUAUGAGUGAAUAUGAAGCACUGGAACUUGCCUGCUCAAAAUGUGUACAAUCUUCCUCUACACUCAUCCACCCAAGUGACUUAAAUCCCCCCAAGUGACCUGAUUUGUUUUUGUUUUUGCAUAAAAUUAAAUUAUUGUUCAUUUAAUUUGGUCUGUGGAUGCUAUAACUUGGCCGGUUCAUGGGUGAGUUAGGUGGCCAGUUAUGCCAGAAACGGAUAUCUGAUAGAACACAUUUCAGGAUGGGGUGUUUUUAAGCCACUACAGUUGACAGUGUAACUGAAUAUUUUGUUUUUGUUUUUUUGUUUUGUUUUUUGCAUCUUGGUAGGAAAACUACUUGUAUCUGGGUAGGACAACUACUUGCAUCUGGGUAGGAAAACUACUUGGAGCAUAUGUGAUCUUUCUAUUUCACUGUCGUACACUCUUGGUACUAUGUACACAUGGGUUUAUUUUAUUAAAACAAUUUGUGUUGACGCUGUCGAACUGUUGGUAAGUGUACCUUUUGACAAAACCAUUGGCUAGGUGGGAAUGUCAUUACCCGGUAACACUAUAAUAACUACACAAGUCAAGCAUUAGUUAAGUAUUAGUAACUACUGAAUUCAUCAUUUGUAAAGUAAGACAUGCGCCAGUGGUUAGUGAGUUAUAAAUACUUGUUAAUACUGCAAUUCAUGAUUAAUUCAGGUAGUAACUAGUUAAGUAUUUUGUAUGACCUCAUACAAAUGCAUGAAUUAAUCAUGAAUUGCAGUAUUUAUAAAACAUCUAUUAACACACUAACCAUUAGUGCCUGUCUUGGUUUACAAAUGAUGAAUUCAGUAGUUACUAAUACUUCACUAAUGCUUCAUUUUUUGUGGGGUUAUUGUAAAGUGUUACCCAUUAGCCAAACUGGAGCAUCACCUGACUCGGUAACGCAUGUUAAACACAGCAUGUUUUUUAAGAAUACCAUGAGGGGGGGAAAAAUGUUGAUUUACAAAUUGCGAAUAAUGAUGCCACCACACUUUACAUCAUAAAAGUGCAAAAAAAAAUAACGUCAUAUUUUUAAAGUGGCACUUUUUAAAGUGGCUCAUAAAUGUGUAAUCUAUUUUAGUUAUAGGUACACAAUGGGCCUGCAGUUUCUUCUUGUAACAGUUUGUGCAAAAAUCUGACUAAUUAAUACAAAAAGCAGGCCUGUUUUCACCCUCAUCAAAAACAAAGUGAAAACUUCACAUUAUUUUUUGCUUAUUUGAAAUAUCCAAAUGAAGACCUGUGGCUCUGGGGGAAAUGGUAAUGACUCAUCAGGACAGCUCAGUCAUGAAGUAGUGGGUAUCUAACUAGCUACUAUGGGAGUGUCACCUGUUUUCAUCAAUAAAAUGCAUCGUUAAAAGUUGCUACUGCAAUAGUCAUUUC